GCCAAACCCAAGCCAAACCACCAACCUCGCCAUUUCCAGCCAUCGCCUUUCCAGACCCUCACUAAAACAUGAAUCAGUUCCUGACAUUGUCGCUGUAGAUUCUCAUUCCUUUCACUCUCUACCCGCUAUUUUCAUGUCUUGUUCGUAAGACAUUCUCAUUCUACUCUAUCUUUUUUUUUUGUGUUCUCUCACCGCCCCCCACCGCAACAUGGCUACAAUGGCGGCUCCUCACCAGCCGAGAUACAACCUCGAAGAUCCGGGCUUUGAGCCUCGCACUGCUCGUGACGCCCGCGAGGCAGCUCGCGCUGCGCGAAAUGGCCAGAGUCCGAGAUACAGACGUACUCAAUCGCCCGAGCAACUCGAUGAUUUUCGCCCUCAGAGUGAAGAAUUCGACAUGCGCUCACCUACCUCUGACGUGGCAUUGCAGGACGCCAUGCUCGCACAAGCACAGCAGCAGCAACAGCGUGUUGUUCCGGUUGGUCAGGUCCCUCGUAAUGCCGGGCAGCGUAGACAACCUCCUGGUCCAGGUCCAAACAACAACGCUCCCAGAGGUCCUCAGCAACCAAUGCCUCCUACUUAUCCUGGCGGAAUGGACGGAGGUCCUCAGCAGCAGCAGCCCAAUGGUCCUAGAGAAGGUGGUCGGUACAGACGCCAAUCGCGCCGCGCUUCAGAGUCUGAACCCCGACCUCAUGGAGAGUCACCACCCAGAAAUGGCCCAAACACCCAGCAGAGUCGUGUUUCUCAAUCCAUGGCCUCAGAUCAGCAUCAGCAGCGUCGCGCACCUUCACCAGACCGACUAGCAGUUCCCGGCAACGACAUCAACCGUCUCAACAGCCCUUCCAUCCAAAAGAGCGUUCUUCUACCUCUUGAGCAGAAGAUUCACGAGUAUGAUCAUCUCAUGCACGAAGCUCAAGCUCAAAUGAACCAACUCGACGAUGAAAUCCGCGCUCUUCAAGAACGACGUCGCCAAGCCGAAGACCGCUUCAUCGAAGCCAAGUCCAAGCAUGACGAGUAUGAGCGUCAGCAUGCAGAUGUCGGCAAAGCUCUCCGCGGGGAACUCAUGCAGCAGCCCCCACCACCCGCAGUCCGUCAGCCCGUUCAGCGCAUGGAUAGCAUUGACAGUUUCGAUCAUCGACCCGUCAGCGCGCAGAGCUCUUUUCAUCAGAAGCCUAAGAAGGGGGGCAUGCUGCGGAUGAGCUUGUUCAACAAGAGCAACUGACUAGACAAAGGUUGCUUAUGAAGUUAUGCGUUUAUGACUGGGAUAUCGAUGGAUAAGGGAAAAUGGAUGACUUGACUUGUUUGGUUUUUUGAAACUUCUUGAUCGUCCGCGAAAAAGGACUUUAGCUUAUUUGUUUAAUAUGCUUGGAUGUACAUAGAUUGAGGAGGUAAUUUGUUGCACAUGAACAUUCGAUACAUCAAAAGAUCUUGCUUUUUC